AUGGAUUACUCGUACGACGACGACCUGGACGAGCUGUGCCCCGUCUGCGGGGACAAGGUCUCCGGCUACCACUACGGGCUGCUCACCUGCGAAAGUUGCAAGGGCUUCUUCAAGAGGACCGUGCAGAACAACAAGCACUACACGUGCACGGAGAGCCAGAACUGCAAGAUCGACAAGACGCAGCGCAAGAGGUGCCCCUACUGCCGCUUCCAGAAGUGCCUGGCCGUAGGCAUGAGGCUGGAAGCCGUGCGCGCCGACCGCAUGCGAGGCGGGCGCAACAAGUUCGGCCCGAUGUACAAGCGCGACCGGGCGCUGAAGCAGCAGAAGAAGGCGCUGAUCCGCGCCAACGGCUUCAAGCUGGAGACGGCGCCCCCGCCGCCGCCGCCGCCGCCGCCGCCGCCGCCCAUCGUGUCCCCGGUGCAGGCGGCGGACUACAGCGGCCUGCCCGCCGCGCUGCACGGCCUGGCGCACCACCCCGGCGCGGCCAAGGCGCUGCCGCCGCCCAGCGCCGCCGCGAUGACGCCCGUCGACUACGAGCGCGGCCCCUACGGCACGCCGGCGCUGGCGCUGCCGCUGCCCGCCGGGCAGGGGGCGCUGGCCAGCUACCACUACCCGCCCUUCGCCAGCCGCGCCAUCAAGUCCGAGUUCCCGGACCCGUACGCGGCGCAUCCCCACGAGGCGGCGCCGGCGUACCCCUACCCGGAGCCCUACCCCGGCGCCGGCGGCGGCUCCCCGCCCGCCGCGCCGGACGUCCCCGACGUGAUCCUGAAGCUGCUGCAGCUGGAGCCGGACGAGGCGCAGGUGAAGGGGCGCAUCCUGGCCUGCCUGCAGCAGGAGCAGGGCAAGAGCCGCCACGACAAGCUCAGCACCUUCGGCCUCAUGUGCAAGAUGGCCGACCAGACGCUCUUCGCCAUCGUGGAGUGGGCGCGCAGCUGCGUCUUCUUCAAGGAGCUGGAGGUGGGAGACCAGAUGAAGCUGCUGCAGAACUGCUGGAGUGAGCUGCUGGUGCUGGACCACAUCUUCCGCCAAGUGCAGUAUGGGAAGGAGCACACCAUGGUGCUGGUGACCGGCCAGGAGGUGGACAUGUCCGCAGUCGCCACGCAGGCGGGCUCCAUCCUGAACAACCUGGUGCUGAGAGCGCAGGAGGUGGUGCUCCACCUGCAUGCCCUCCAGGUGGACAAGCAGGAGUUCGUCUGCUUGAAGUUCCUGAUUCUCUUCAGCCUUGAUGUGAAGUACGUGGAGAACUCGAGUCUCGUGAAGGACGCCCAGGAGAAAGCCAACGCAGCCCUGCUGGAGUACACGGCCUGCCACUACCCCCACACCAUGGACAAAUUCCGGCAGCUGCUGCUCCGGCUGGCCGACAUCCGCGCCCUCAGCAUGCAGGCGGAAGAGUACCUGUACCACAAGCACCUGAGCGGGGAGGUGCCCUGCAACAACCUGCUGAUCGAGAUGCUGCACGCCAAGCGGACUUGA